UCGACACCCCAACGGGUGAUUUUAAUGCGAACAAUGAAAAAACAAUGGCUGGUCGGGAUGGACACCACACCAGCUUUGUUACAAAAUGGUUUCCUACUUAUGAUUGGCUCAAGUGGAUUUUGGGUGUGACAUUCAAGUUUAAAGAAGCACUCACCGCGCUGAGGUCUCAUUCACCCUGGUGAUUUGGAAGAGAGCACAUCGAGAACAACAGGAGCUGUAAGACUGAUAUCUUACUUUACGUCGACCAUCAUGGUAAGUGUUGCACAAAAAAAGGUUUUAUUUUGUUUUUCAUUGAUGAAUUGACUGUACUGCUUAUUCUUAAUUAGUGCCUGAUCUCAGAUUCAUUUCAAUUCCAUUCUGCAAAGUGUGAUUAAACCAGACAUGAAGAUCAAGCUGUGUAUGGAAGGCGCCGUAAACGGGCACCCGUUUGUGAUUACCGGGGAAGGAGAUGGCAAGCCUUACGAGGGAACUCAGACUAUGGACCUCACGGUCAUAGAGGGCGGACCUCUGCCUUUUGCUUUCGAUAUCUUGACAACAGUAUUCGAUUACGGCAACAGGGUAUUCGUCAAAUACCCAGAUAAUAUAGUAGACUAUUUCAAGCAGUCCUUUCCUGAUGGUUAUUCUUGGGAACGAAGCAUGACUUACGAAGACGGGGGCAUUUGCAUCGCCACCAAUGACAUAACGCUCCAUUUGCCUCACUUUUCUUUCAUCAGACUGAGUAAAGAGGUCAAAAACUGUUUUGUCUAUAAAAUUCGAUUUGAUGGUGUAAACUUUCCCCCGAAAAGUCCGGUUUUGCUGAAGACAACAAAGAAGUGGGAGCCUUCCACUGAGAAAAUGUAUGUGCGUGAUGGAGUGCUGAAGGGUGAUGUUAACAUGCCUCUGUUGCUUGAGGGAGGUGGGCAUUACCGGUGUGACUUCAAAACUACUUACAAGUAAGCUUUUUUACGCGUUUAAGUGAAUUGAUGACUCGGAAUAAGGAGUAAACGACAACUAUUCUACGUAACGGAGUGUCAUGCAGAUAUUAAAAUUCUCGCGACUUCCGAAGAGUUUGGGAGACCUUAGAUGCAACAGUGUCGCAAUGUUAUAUGAUUCUGCACCCAAACCAGUGUCACUGAUUUGAAUUGGAUUGUUCCAUUGCAGAGC